UCUGCCUCGUUAUUCUUCCUAAAAAGGCCCAGUCCUUCUCUGGACGUGGCAUCUUGAUAUAAAUCUACUUUUGCCGAACUCUGAGAGAUUCCAUUAUAACACCAUAUAUUCCUCCAGAGUUGUUUCCACCCCGCCCUUCCCCCCUUAUGACCUACUAGUACAUGUGUGCCGAGUAGCUUGAGGAAGGGCUAUGGGCACCAGGAAAAGUCAGCAGCAGGAGAUGGUCCAGGUUGACCGCUCCGAGCGCGCAGGCUCUCCUUUUUGGAAGAGCAGAGCGACAUCCCUGAAUCAGGGAUCUCCAAGAAGCCCUGACAAACAACACACUGUUGUUGGCGCCUCGUAUUCUCAUACUGAUAUCUUGAGAGGUUUAUCGCCGCAGCAUGCACGCCCCGAACCCCCUUCUCGAUCAUCUUCCAACAACGCUCAAUACAUCCCAUCUCCUCCUCGAACAGGAAGUCGAUUUUUACCUUCUCCGCAGGAACCGUAUUCAUAUUCGAACAUUCUAACACAGGGAGUUGAAGGCUGGAGCGAAGGUCAGGCUGGGGAUGACGAAGAUGUCGAAGAUGAAAUUGUCUACGAUGAUGAUGAGGACGAAUUCGGACUGCCCAGCAUUACGAGUAUGCGAAGGAAGAAGAAAAAGGGUUCCGACAAUCUUCGACCCAAAAAUAUUGACCCAGGUGGCAGGAAUUCCGGCGGCUCUUCUUCAACUAGCCUUGGUCUUAGUUUGCCAUCAAACAGACAGCGAGCAAACAGUUCAGACAUUGCAGAAGAACGUGGUCCUCCCAUGUACCCGAUAGCGAAAAAGAGCGAGGGUAAAAUCCUUCGACCUCAAUACAAAGAUAUUUUGAAAGAUCCUGCCAACGCCUUAAAUCUUAUAAAUCAUAGCCCUCCUCCUUCAGAUGCCUCGCCAAAAGAACUGGAGAUGCAUUCUUCUCACAUAUCACGAAUUAACAAGUUCAAACGCAUCCUUCAGGCGAGCAAUGUCAAUCUGUCUGAGCUCAGAGAUCUCUCUUGGUCCGGUGUCCCUGCGGAAGUCCGCCCAAUGACCUGGCAGAUCCUGCUUGGCUAUCUACCCACGAAUAGUGAGCGCCGUAUCUCGACUUUGGAAAGGAAGCGCAAAGAAUACCUUGAGGGGGUCCGCCAGGCUUUUGAGCGAAGCACUACGACAGUUCCUGCGAAUAGUUCUACGUCAGGCCGUGGGAGAGGAUUGGAUGAAGCGAUCUGGCACCAAAUCAGCAUAGAUGUUCCACGCACUAAUCCGCAUAUUGAGCUCUACGGGUAUGAAGCCACCCAGCGGUCAUUAGAAAGGAUUCUUUACGUUUGGGCAAUUCGACACCCUGCCAGCGGUUACGUGCAAGGGAUCAAUGACCUUGUUACGCCAUUCUGGCAAGUUUUUCUUGGUGUCUAUAUUACAAACCUCGAUAUAGAGGAGGGCAUGGAUCCAGGCCAAUUACCGAGAACUGUCCUGGAUGCUGUCGAAGCGGACUCUUUUUGGUGCCUUACAAAGCUCCUCGAAGGCAUUCAGGACAACUAUAUCUAUGCUCAACCUGGUAUACACAGGCAGGUUCGAGCCUUACGAGACCUGACGAUGCGUAUUGACUCUGCACUUGCGAAGCACCUGGAGAAAGAGGGUGUCGAGUUCAUGCAAUUUAGCUUUCGGUGGAUGAACUGCCUGUUAAUGCGAGAACUGAGUGUUAAAAAUACAAUACGAAUGUGGGAUACGUAUUUGGCCGAGGAGCAAGGCUUCUCUCGAUUCCAUCUGUACGUUUGUGCUGCAUUCCUCGCAAAAUGGUCUGAUCAGUUGGUCAAGAUGGACUUCCAGGAAGUGAUGAUGUUCCUCCAGGCUCUGCCAACAAAAGAUUGGACUGAGAAAGAUAUAGAGCUCUUGUUGAGCGAGGCAUUUAUCUGGCAGAGUCUGUUCCAGAACUCACGUGCCCACCUCCGGCCCUCUGGUGAACAGCCCCCAGAUGAUAGCGGUCUAGGACUGUAAUCAGAUUCCAUCAGAGGAAUGGAUGGUUCGCUAUUUUGACGUUGCAGGGUGCCGAAGGACUUCUCAUUCUCCCUUGCCAAGCCUAGCUGAAGUGAAAGCCCUUCUGGUUGAACGCCCACAGCAGCUUCAGAAAGUCACCCUCAUCACACAUUCUGGCACGUUUAUCUGCAAGUUUCGUUUCAUCUUCCAAGAUCUGCCGAACCUUCUCGCGUACCAAUUCCGCUACUUUCCCUUUCUUUUUACGAUUCGGUUUGUUCUUGAGAGCUUCUUGUAUACGGGCAUUGGCCUCCUCCUUGAAAAAGUCUGGAACAUCGUCGUCCUCAUCAACGUCCAUUGUCUCGUCCAAAUCCUCCUCACCGUUAUCUUGUGCGUUGCCAGUGUCCAUCAUGUCAGAAUCUGGAUUCUCGGAAGGCCCAUCUUCGAUUGGGAUGUCGUUCUGAGCACACCAUGUGCGGUAGUUGGCUUCCAGCAUAUCCAUUAUGCUCGACUUCCCUAGGAAGCUAGACCGGAGUGUUUUAUUUUUCCUUACAAAGGCAAUUCUCAGAAGCCCGUCCCAUUCAUCAUAGCUGAUUUGCGGCCUUGGGUUCUUGGGAACCAUACGGACGACACUUGAUUCCACUGCUGGUGGAGGCUUGAAAUUAUUCUUGCCGACUUUCAUGAUGUGAUCUAUUUUGGCCCACAUCUGGGCAUUGACUGAGAGCCUGCUGUAAAGCUUGUCCCCAGGCUUCGCGAAAAGCCGCAGCGCGAAUUCGCGUUGGAACAUGAGGACACACACUCUGGGUGCUGGUGAAGUUGCAAGAAGUUUGAAAGUGAGAGGAGAGGAAAUCUAAGGGAGUUAGGUUCCAGCUAAAGGUGGUGAUUAGAUAUUGAGCAUACCUGGUAUGGAGUAUUACUGAUACAAACAUCGAAGUAUGGAAGGUCGGUCUUGAUCACGUCUCCUAAGAUGACCUCGAGACGUUUCUGAGCAGGUGUUCCUUGGACACGUUUUGUAAGCUCUGCCGCCAUACGAGGAUCCAGUUCGACUGCGAUGACUUUUUUAGCCUUUUCAAGAAUCUUGACAGUCAGGUUCCCCGUUCCAGGACCUAUUUCGAGGACGACCUGUAAAUCGAAAACGAGCUCUUAGUCACUGUACACACAUCCUAAGACAUACCCGCUUCCGAACCUACAUCACUUUGUUUUAAGUCGGCCUUCUCGACAAUUUUCUCGGCGAUACCAGGAUUUUUCAAGACGUGUUGUCCAAUAUCUGUGUUCAUUCUAAAUAUGCUGUUGGCUGCCUUGGUUUUGGCCGCAGCCUCGGCGUAGGGACUCGAGUGUGAAGCAUUGUUGCGCUUCUUAUGAUUUGCCUUUGGCAUUGUGAAAUGCCUGGAACCUUGAACGGAGUAUUUAAAUGUAUUUAAGGAAUGGAGAGGAUACAGAAGCUUUAUACCCCCCCAAUGUCAUGCAAAAAAAAUAUGAAGAAAAACAAAUGCGGAGAAUUUUCCGAUAAGAUUAACGGGUCGGCAUUACAAAUUCCCGAAAGCAGCAG